CUGAAGGCAGCAAAAAGUCCACCCGGUGGUGCUGUGAUAUUGAGAGGUCAUACAUUUUCAAAUACAAAGAAAACGAACAAGAAAGGCAGGAUGUCUGCAGAGUUGUCCCGCAACAUCAAUAUCAAGGAGCCAAGAUGGGAUCAAGGCACGUUCAUGGGGCGCGCCCAGCAUUUCUUCAUGGUCACAGAUCCCAGGACCGUCCUGCUGUCCUCUGAAUCUUUGGACGAGGCCCGAGUAAUCGUGGAGAACUACAGAGCCGGGAUUGUGAAGCCAGGUUUGACAGAGGAUGAGCUCUGGAAGGCCAAGUACGUCUACGACUCCGCCUUCCACCCAGACACAGGGGAGAAGAUGUUUGUGAUUGGCCGGAUGUCUGCCCAGGUGCCAAUGAACAUGUCCAUCACAGGCUGCAUGCUCACCUUCUACAGGACUACGCCGGCAGUGGUGUUCUGGCAGUGGGUUAACCAGUCCUUCAACGCUGUCGUCAACUACACCAAUCGCAGUGGAGAUGCCCCCAUGACCGUGAAUCAGCUGGGUGUCGCCUACGUCAGUGCCACUACAGGAGCUGUGGUCACAGCCCUGGGACUCAAGUCUCUAGCUGCGCGUCUUCCUCCAAUCGCCAGCCGGUUCGUCCCUUUUGCUGCUGUCGCUGCUGCUAACUGUAUCAACAUUCCCUUCAUGAGACAGAGGGAGUUGAAGUACGGUAUCCCGGUGACAGAUGAGAACGGAAACAGGUUGGGAGAGUCAGCCAAUGCUGCCAAACAGGCGAUCAUACAGGUGGUGGUGUCGAGGAUCGGCAUGGCGGUGCCAGCAAUGGCUAUCCCCCCUGUUAUCAUGAAUGCUCUGGAGAAAAGAGCUUUCAUGAAGCGAUUCCCACUUCUCAAUGCUCCAGUUCAAGUGGGACUUGUCGGCCUUUGCCUGGUGUUUGCCACUCCUUUGUGCUGCGCCCUGUUCCCACAGAAAAGCUCCAUGAGCGUGAGCGGCCUGGAAGCAGAUCUGCAGGAGAGGAUACGAAAGGCCAGUCCCGAGACCACCAAGGUCUACUUCAACAAGGGCCUGUAGGACCCGCAAACACAUCUCCAUACACAUACACACACGCCAGACAGACACUCAUACACAUAUACACAGUGUCUGUUUGAUUGUGUGAGAGCAAAUCAUAAUUAUGUAUGCAUAUUUUGUUGUUACAUGUACUGCUGCGUUUGUUUUUUUGAAUUUGACUGCCCGAAGCUGCUCCAAGUUUUUACAGUGUAGGGCGUUGAUUGUCUGACAAUUUGAAGAAGAGGAUUCACGGAGGGGAAAACAAAACAAAAAACACUCUGAGAAGGAACAUCACUGACAGCUUUUUACUGUACAUUCGUGUACUCCUUAGAAAUACAACUGACCCCUGACGUUUUUUAAUGUGUCGUGGUGUGUUUUCUGUCUUCCUUUGGUCAAAACUGCCCACAAGGCGGCGGCCAGUGAUGUUACUGAUUUAUGUGUCCAUAUACCUUUAUUUCAUGUUGCGUUCAGGUUCAUGCAGGUUUUAAGUCCUCUGAUGACUCAUUUGUAACUCCAGUUUAAAAUGAAGGCUUGUGCUCGUGUGUGUGUUAUCACUUCUGAAUGUAACAUGUUUUUGGCCUUCUGUUUUCUCACUUGGUUUUCCUUUUCUUGUCUGGUUUUUGAUGCAUUUUUCUGAUUGUAUAAGUAAUAUUUUAAGCUGUUACACUCUGUCUGUAGUAUGUUAAGCCUGAUUAUUUUCCACCAUGUAUAAUUCCAGCUGGUGGCUAUACUGGAAAAACCAGCAUAUUAAUAACUCUAAAUAGUCCCAACCCUGAUGAAUAGCAUCCUCUUAUGUUGUCCUCCUUGUUAACUGUUGCAGCUACUUACACUCACCGAUUCUCCUUGAAGUGUACUUAUGCCCUUCAUAUAUAAAAGACCGAGUAAUGACGUGCUCGGUUAAGAAAACACGCAGAACUGACCCUGCAAAAGCUCAUCAAGCAAAGCCAUAUGGUAAACCAGUGAACCCUAGUGAGUGUGAAUUCUGUAAACUUAGAUAUGUACUGUCAUGCUAUGGCAGCGGCAGCCUGUUUGUCAAGGCGUUUCAUCACUUGAGAUCACUUUAGUCACCAUUGCACUCACUAUUAUAAGCUGCGUAUUAAUGGAAUUCUUUGAUUGUUGUAGGUGGUAGUGUUUGUUUAGUGGUUGUGUCUGGUGGAAGAAUAUACUAUACUGUGCUGUGUCUAGAUGUUGUUAAGAGAACGACUUCGGUCUGGUCUUUAACUCCCUCAGCUUGGCUAGUUGUGUGUUUCCAAAACAGUGACACGCAGAGUGCGGACAACAGUUUUAUUGCUGGUGUCACAUGGUAACUUUGCACACGCUGUGUCGGAUGGAUUGCAUGAGCAGGCUGAAUCAGGUCAAAGCUGGAUCAUUUCAGCUCCUUUAAGGUGGAGAUGCAGGGUUUUGUCAAACAGCCAGCUAGUCUUCUGCUAAACUCUGUGUGUGCUGCAGUUGCUGAUUUCUGAUUGUACCAAAUGAAAGUAGCACAUGUUGCGUGAUACAAUGAUGUUCUUGUUUGUAAGGUCUGGGCAGUGGGGUACUGUGGUGUUGUUGUUGCUUCAGUAACAGUGGACAGUUUUGCCUGGGGUGUAGCUUCUCUGAUCAAACUCACUCACAUUGCUAACGAAGCUCUCAAAGCACACAACUGUCCAGUCUGGUUCAAUGUUUGUUGAUGGUGUACGUGAGGAAAUAUCAGCCGUGUGUCUAGACGAUAUAAGAAUAGUUAUAUUUUUCAUGGAUAUAUUUAUAAAUAUAUAAGAUGUAUGUAUGAUGUCACAUAUUUGGAACACGUAUGCAUAAGGAACUUUUAACUAAUAAAUGACUCCACCUGAUGGCCCCUCGUAUGCAUCAGAGAGAAAUGUCAUGAGGAUGAGAUCACCUCUUCCUUCAGGAUUGAUACAUUCUCAGAUUAGAGGAGCAUGAUUUCUUAUCGGACAAAACUUGAAACAGAGAGCACCUUCACAGAUUAGCAAGUAUAACUCGGUGUUUGUGUAAAUGGAUGUGUAUGUUGGUAAAAAAAAAAAAAACUAUUGUAGAUUUUAAAAUGAAUACCCAUCAAGCACCUGUGGUCAUUUCAGGUUAUAUAUAUAUUUUUUUCUAAAUUUGAUGUUCAAUCAUUCAUUGAAAGUGAUCCCAUCGAGUGUGUUAAGGGACUGUAGCAGCUGCACAAUCAUUUUUAUGAAUCAACUUCUUUACAGACAGAAAUGUACAAGGAUUGUGUCUAUAUGCAACCCUCAAAAUGAAAGGUUUUAUUCCAAAGUGCUCUCCAGAUCAUCUUUAAAAAAAAAAAAAAAUGUAACAACCUAUAACAAAGUCUCAAUCCUAAAGCAAUGCCUUGAUACGACUCUUUGUGAGAAUGACAGUCUUCUUUUUAAAGAUAAGUGGAUGUCUCAUUUUGGAAUGAAACUGCUCAUUGAGCUGCUCUUUAAAUCUUUCAUAUCAACACUUAACCACCUGUCAACUGUCUCACUCCUUCUUUUUUUUUUUUCCCCCCUAGCCUGUUAUCAUGUUGUGUCGGGGUGUUUUCCUGCUGAUGCUCAAACUGCACUAUCUAACCUUUGCUGUGCUGCUGUAGGACUUUAGACUUGUGUUGCUUUUUAAAAAAGAACUUUUCAAUUGUGUACUGAAGAUUGUAUUUGUUUGUUGUGCUGGAUAACGUUGAAUGGAUUAUAACCAUUAUUCUGCUGAGAUGUUAUUCAUUCAUUGUCUGGCAGCUUUUAAUGCUUGCACGUUGAUUUUCUCUUGCUUUGAUUCCCUUUGUGUUUCUAUGCUCCUGGAAUGAUUGUGCAAAAGUUUCAAGAACAAAAACUGGAGGGUUUUUAAGUCAGCUUGUCAAAACAUUUACGAUGAACAUGUAUUUCAGCGUGUGACUGUACUGAUCCACCUUUACAUGUCACACCCAUAGAUCUAGCCAAAGACGAGACGGGUAUGAUUUGUAAGGACUGAGGAGAAGAAGUGUCUAGCUUUUUGUUUCAGCUUUAGCAAAUGGACCUUUGCCACUUUUUUUUCAUGCCGAAACAUUGUUUUUACUGAAGUGGGCUUUGACCUUUGUAAGUUCAACACUCAACAGAACACCAAAAGUAUUAACAACAUCCCAUCAAGGUCACAUUUCUUUGAUUUUAUGAAGUUUGAAAUCAAAUCUCAAGUUAAGAGUUGACCCUGACUUCACUUUACAACAGAGGAUUUUUGGUGAUUUUCAAGGUUAAAUCUUUGCAAACUGAAGGGCACAAAUGUAGAAGACAAUCUGUUUUGUGUUACCACACCAUGAAUGUUUCUAUUAUUUCAUAUUAUACAAACAUUCAGUCAGUAUUGGUGCACUGUGUGUCCUCCCUUUAUUUUGUAUUGUGUUGAAAUAUAUUUCCUUGAUGUGAAAUGUAUUUUACUCUGAGCAAUAGAAUAAAAGAUGUAACAGUAAUGUC